AUCAAGUAAGUAAGUAAUCAGGUGUGUAAACUUUGACCUUUCACCAACGGAAGCGAUGACCCUUGUCUCAUCUUGCCUGCUAUUUUCAACAGCGAUUAGUAAUUUCCCUUCAUCUAAGACGACUUUGAGGCCGAUUCAACGCUUCAUUGAUCCAACAUCCAUAGCCCACCUUGCAUGAUCUGAAGUUUGAAAAACAUGGAGACUCAAGUCGGAUCUCAUCUGAAACAAGGGGAGGGAGAGGAUGGACAGGAUUCUUCCCGUACCCACAAGUGCAGCUAUUGCGGCAAGGAGUUUCCCUUCAAAAGUAAACUCGAUCGACACCUGCGAACUCACACUGGUGAGUGCCCAUACCAGUGCGGUGAAUGUGGGAAACAGUUUAAUCAACUAGCAAAUCUGAAGAAACACGUAGAAACUCACAAAGAGAAGAAACCAUACAGUUGUGGUGAAUGCAGUAAACAGUUCCGUCGACUGGGCCAUCUAAGGUUGCACAUGCGGACUCACACUGGUGAAAAACCGUACAAGUGCGAACACUGCAACAGAGGCUUCAGUCAGUCGUGUGCUUUGAAGGCUCACCUGCGGACUCACACCGGAGAAAAACCUUACAUGUGCGAGACGUGCUGUAAGCGGUUCAGUGAGCUAAGUUCCCUGAAAAAGCACAAGAGAAUUCACACCGGUGAGAAACCGUACAGUUGCGACGAGUGCGGGAAGCAGUUUAGUGUGCUGAGCAAUCUGAAAAGUCACAUGUUAACGCACACUGGUGAGAGACCGUACAGAUGUGAAAAAUGCAACAAAAGCUUUCGUCAGUCAUCUCUUCUGAAGGUACACAUGCGGACUCACACUGGUGGAAACCUAUUGAUGUCUGAUGGUCCAAUAUACACGUGGAAAGUCAUAGAAUGCCAACAAAUGCCACAUUCCGUCGGCUUGGUAGUUAAGAUCUAGAUAAUCGUCAUAUGGUUAAACCUACAACCUACAGAGUAUCGUGGGUACGUUACAGACAUAAUGUUUACGUAUGAUUCCACUGUAAAAGUGACAAUAACGGGAACCGGAUUACAGAAUAUUGUACAUUGUCGUCGCAUAUCCCGUAGUGGAUGAGAACUAGAAGUGUUGUGUGAAAGACGACGGUUGAAUGUUUGAACAGAGAAACGGUAAGACGUCCGCUUGAUGUAAAGGUCUAUAGCUUUUUACCAUGGCACUUAAAUGUCACUAAUCGCUAGCUGUAAAUGUAUAGUCAUAGAUCUACUGUAUAAUUUUAGUAAGCGUUUAGAAUUAGCUAUAGAAACAUCUUAGUUGUAGAUGGUGCAAGCUAUAUAUGUUUGCCUUCAUAAUUUGUUGUUAGCUGCUGGA